AUGAAUAUUAAUAUCAGCAAACAAGACCAACUGUGCAGUGAUACUCCAUCAGAAAGCUCUCAAAACAAUCCUAUUUCAGAUGUAAUAAAUACUGAAAAUACAAGUUCAGCAUGCCUGAAAUCACCAUCGCCGACAUUAUUUCCAGUGCAUGCAUUCAACACCUUAAAUUCUUUGUUAUCACGAUCACAUUGGCAAGUACCUGUCCUACCAGAUUCACAAUUGGAAACUAUACUAUUAGCAUCAAUCAAUAUGGCUAAACAUGGUGAAGAUAUUCAUUCACAAGAUUGUUUGCGAUUUUAUUCAGAUGGUUUAAUUAGUUCUUUUCAGAAAAUAUUUCAUGAUGAUGCAGUUACUCGUUGGGAUUCACAUAUCUUACAUUUUAUUUACGCCAAUUCUUUACUGGGUAUUGAAUUGUGUUCCAUAAAAGCAAAAUCUGACUGCCUAGCAAUAUUAGAAUUGGAAAGUAUUCUGUUCGAUCCUAAUUCACAGUUUCACAUACGUAGUAUGAUUUCCAUUAGUGUAACACACGAAAUUCGUUAUGGUGUUCAUAGGAAUGUUGUAUGUAGAUUUGAAGAUAUAAUUAAAUUAUUGCCACAUAUCUCAAUGUCAAAUAAAAACGACAGUACGUGUCAACAACAACCAGGACAAAUAGAAGAAGAUACUAAUCCCAUGAAGAAUAAUGAUCCUCUGACACUAUACAAUACUGUCCAAAUAAAGGAAUAUUCUAUUUCUUAUGCAAAUUCUAAGGAUGCACCUAUUUUAGUGGAUUUUAUCAAUCUAUUCGGACGAUUCAAUGGAUUCGAUCGAUUGAAAGCACGUUUCCUUGAAUUAGAUAACAAGUACCACUGGGAUCAGCAACAAAGAGAUAUGUUACAACAGCAGCUUCAACAACAAUCCAAUGAUCAGACAGAAUUCUUAUCACUUAGUCUAAUACAUGCUUAUCUGCAUCCUUUUGCCUUAUGUUCAAAUUAUUUAAGUGACUCAGUAAUUGAAGAAUAUUUCAAACCAAUAGUGACUAUUAUUGUCAAUUAUUUAUCUCAUUUAACUGAUGAUCAAAUUAAACGUGAAACUAAAAAGGAAAUGCGUAAAGAUGAUUUUAUCACUAGUUUGAAACUGUCUUUAUGUACAUUAGUAAAACGUAUUCCAUCAUCAACAGAAGAUGAUAUUGAAACAAUUGAAUUACUCAGUCUUAAUUUAAUCUAUCGUUUCCUUCAGCUAUCUUCUUUCAAUGGGAAAAUGAACACACUGAACGAAUUAAUUCGUUUAUUACCUAAUACUAAUCCAUUACGAGUUGGUCAGUGGAUUACAGAUAUUAAGUUAUUAAAAUUAUUACUUCGUGAAAAUUUGCAUCAAUUACAAUAUGUGGAAAAAGUUGAAGAGAUAAUACGUUUUAUGAUUAGGAAAUUAUUAUUAACAUCAGAUGAUUUAGAUAUCAUAUGGGAAUCACAAAUUGGUAAACAUGAAACUAUCAUUAAAAAUAUAUUCAAUAUGUUAACACGUUUAGCAUUGGAAUUUUCAGUGAAUCAAUUAAAUUAUUUAUUUAAUUGUUUUAAGGAAAGUUGGAAAAAAGCAACAAAACGUCAACGUGAACGUUUAAUUGAUUUGAUCACAAUGUUAGCUGAACAAGAUACAGAUGGUAUGAUGAUGCAAAAAACAUUAGAUCUUCUGUGGGAUUGGGCUAUCAGUUUGAAAUUUUCUACUGAUUUAAUGAAUGCUUCACUUAAAUCACAUGCAAAAAUUCUUAGUUGUAAUAAUAAGCCAUUCGUAUGUCAACUUCGGAGUGCUUGGCUUGGGAAGCUUGCGAGUUUUUUGAAAAUCGAACCAAACAACGAUGAAGGUUGUUUAUUACCUGCUGCAAAACAAUUCAUUGAAAUCGCCAACCUUUACCAUACGGGUUCAUCAAAUGAAAAUACUUUAAUUCAAAGUAUAAAUCAACGACACAAUGUUUUAAAAGCAGCUGUAGAUUGUAUCAUACAAACAAUGUGGUCAGUACAUGAAGAACGUUUAAAUGUAAUAAUAAAAAAUCUAUCUAUUCCAUCCAAAUCUCCAAUUUCAAUGAAUACAUCAAAAAAUUUAAAUUCUAAUCUACAAUUAAUCAAAGUGAAAGAAUUAUUAAAACUUUUACGUUAUCUUAUAUUUCAAUGUCAUUUAUUAUGUACCAUAGAUUUAUUACAAGGUAUUUGGGAUUCAUUAUUCAAGCCAACAUUUCAACCAAAUUUUACUGUCAACAAUCAUAUUUUAUUAAAAUAUCAAUAUCAAAUUGUAUUAACAAAUGAUUGUGAUUUAUGCUUUAAAUGGUUUACAUUGUUUUUUAAUGAUUCUGUAUGGUCAGAAUGUCGUGAUUUUAUUUGGGAUAAUUAUUCAACAUUAAAUCCAAAAUUAAUGACAAAUGCUGGUGUAGAAUUCGUUGUUCAAUUAUUUUGUCGUAUCAAUUCGGAUAAUACAUGUGUUAUUAGUGAAUUGAAUGGAUUCAAUUCAAUUAAAUUAUUAUCAAUGACAUCAUCAGCAGCAACAGGAACAGCAGCAUUAUCAUCGACAAUUAUUCCUAAUAAAACUGACUAUACCAUUACUACUAUUAAUAGUAAUUAUUCUACCGUAACUACAACUUCGACUACUAUGAAUACUACUACUACUACCAUGACAACUACUUUAACAAGUAUUAAAUUCAUUAAUUUAAAACAAUUAUGGAAUUUUAUUUUAUGUUCAAAUAAAAUAGUUUAUCAAAAAAUAUGCAAAUUAUUAUUACAAUUAUAUACUAAUUAUAGUUCUACUAUAAAUUUGAAUAAACGUAAAGAAUUAUGCUUUAAUAUUAUGAAAUUAUGUUAUACACAUAUUAAAACAGAUUAUAAUCAGUUAAUUUCUUCUAUCGAAAAACAAAAAAAUUAUGAAACAACAAUUUCAUCAAAACUGUCACCGUCAUCAUCAUCACCUACCUCAUUAUCAUGUGAUCCUGAAAUAAAAUCAGCUACAUUCAAACGUAUAUUAAGAAUUUUAAAAUUAUUGAAACAAUUUACAGUUAGAAUGAAUUUAGAAAUGUUUAUUAAUGAUUCAAGUGAUUGUAUUCCAUUGAAACGUUCAUGGAUUGGUUCAUCAUUUUUCUUAACAGUCACCUGUCAAGGUUUACCAAUUUUAUUUCCUACCAAUAGUAAUAACAACAAUAUUAGUGCUGAUGAUGAUAUUGUUGAUAGCAGUAAACAAAUUUAUUUAUCUGAUGGUAAGACAGCCACGAUUACACUCAUUGUACAUGGAAAUCUGACUUUUGGUGAAUUACGUGCUUAUCUUUUAAAUUUUUGUCUACAUGGUUUCACAUCAAGUAACAAUUCCAAUGAUAACGGUAGUAAUGGUGGUGUUAGAGAUACCAGUGGUGGUGGUAGUAGCAGUAGUAGUAGUGGUAUUCAAUGUCAAGAUAAUAAUAAUAUUCCACAUUCAAUGACAAAUUCAAUGUAUCAGUUAGAAUUACGUAUAAUAAAUGUGGAACAGACAAAUUCAAAUGAUUGUAUAUUACAUCAUAAUAUUGAUAAUGAAUUGUUGGUGAAUUUAUUUCUGUUCUUUCCAAAUUGGACUAAGAAUUUCUUAGACAAUCGUGAUCAUAUAAAUAAUGAUGUUCCGUUUGUUCAUCUGGAAUUGUCCGCAAAAUUAAUGUUUACCAGUAACGAAUUAUCAUCGUCCACUACUGAAUCAUCAACUACAACACCUGGCUCUUUACAAUUUUCUUCUUAUUAUAUUAAAGUGUUUGAUAAUAUUGAAGUCAAUGCAACACAACAAAGUAGUAAUGAUAUUGCCCUAGGCUGUCUUCAUACUAAUGACAAUACUACUACUACUGCCACUAUAAGUAAUAAUAAUAAUUUUCUGGAAGACGACGAUCACUUACUGUCAUCAGAAUUAAAGAUAUUUGAUUCGAUAAUUGAUCGGAAUCUUGAACAAGAACAACUUCCAAAUAUUAACAAUAGUGAUAAUAAUGAUAGUAAAUGUGAUAGUUUAUUGAUAGAUAGUAAAUUGAAGGUAGACGACUCUGAUGCAUUAAAGUGCAAUCAACAGUUGGAUGUUGAUCGUGAAGGCGAAUUCAUUUUAAAUACUGAUCAACGUAUUGAAUUCUUAUUAAAUUUGGGCAGGAUUGCAUUAGCUUUAAAUCAUUCCAAUAUAUUUCAUAGUAUUAUGCAAUUACUCAAUUGUAUGCCAUUGCAUAAAAAACUAAUUAAAUUUAUUAAAGAUAAUUUAAUCCAGUUAGUUGAUAUGAAAAUUAUUGGACGUUGCAAUGAACUGUCUACUGAACCUCUCUUAUCGCAAACAUGGUUUCAUCAUUUACUUACAAAACCAAAUGUAUCAACUGGAGUAUUUAAUUUAUUUAAUAAUAAACAAAUCAAUUUGGAGAAUACACCGAAUUUUAUUGAAUUAUUGUAUACACUACAAGUUUUGUAUUGUUUAAUGAUGCCUAGUUGUUUAGUGAAACAUUAUCAUUUUAAUAAACUGAAUGGAGAACAUAAUCAAUUUUAUAAUUCAUGUAAUAGUAAUAAUAAUAUAUAUAAUUGUCAACGCUUUUUUCCUCCUAAUACUACUACUACUACUACUACUACUACUACUACUACUACUACUACUACUAAUAAUAAUAAUAAUAAUAAUAAUAAUAAUAAUAAUAGGAAUAUCAGUAGUAACACUAUGCCAAGAAUUAUCGAUUCUACUACAAACGAUUUGUUUAAUCAAGUUCCACAUUGGUCAGAUGCUAUAACUAUUACCCUGCUUCUACUUCGUGGUGGUGCCUUAAACCUACUUCUUUCGUCUCCAAUUUUAGUAUCCUCCUUCACUCCUACAUCAUCUUCAAAUCAUAAAAUUAUUAACUGUGAUAAGAAUGAAGGAAAACGUCCUUUAUCCUAUGAUCAUUUACUCGAUUCCCGUUCUUCUUCUCUCUCGCUUUCAUCUUUUGUUAGUAUUGUUAAUAAAAAUGAUGACGAUCAGAUUAUUUUCUAUGAUACAACAAUUCAUUGGAAACUACUUUAUUACAUACGUCUAUGGCUGUUAAGAAUAAUUCGUGUAUUACUUAUUAGUACAGCUAAUACACUAGUAUUGUACAACCUAGAUUCAAUAUCAGAUUAUAUGUGUAAUGUAUUCAAAAAGUCAUCAUUUUAUCAGUUAUUAAUUUCUCUGUCAGUCGCUAUGACAGAUCCUAGUUCCUGUCGGAAUGAUUUUUCAUCUACUAAUUCUUUACAACAAAAUCCACGAUCAUUGUUACAGUCUGUAUCAGAUAGUAAUAGUACUACCACUACUGCAACAAAGAUGAUAACAGAAAGAAGUAAUGCUGGAAAUCUUGAUGGUACUGCUGAUAGUGAUGGUGGUGAUGUUGGUAAUUCAGAGCAUAAUAUGGAAUAUAUUUGGAAAUUACUACUUCAUACUUAUAAAUUAACUAGUAGUACAAAUCAUCCUGUACUAGGUGGAGAUUAUUUUCUACUUUUACACGCUUUACACGUUGCACAAUUGGCGAUUGUAUCUAAUAUAUCUAUAAAUGAAGUGAAAAAUUACUGGUUUAAAAGUAGUAUAAAUAAUACUUUUGAAAAUCUAUUGUUAACUGGAUGGCAAACAAGAUAUGGUUGUGAAAAUCCAAUGGAUUAUUUAAAAGAUUUUAGUAUGAAACCUAAUCGUAUUGAUAAACUUUAUUUAUGUACAGAUAUAAAUAAUGUACAAGAGAAUAAUUUAUUAAAAGAUGAAUUGGCUUUAAUGAAAAAUGAACUGUCAGUUGAAUCCUUCUCUCAACUUGUAUUAACUGAAAAUAGAUUUCAAGAUAUCAAUGAAGAUAUCCUCCCUGUUAAUGAUAACAAACAAACAGUUACUAAUAAUCUAUCUAAUUCAACUCGUUUAUCUUCAUCGGCUAUAUCUUUAUUAUCGUGUGAAUCUACGUUGUCAUCAUCUUCCUCAUCGUCAACAUUAUCUUCUGUUCGCCAGUUACACUCAUUAUCAUCGUCAAGUUCUUCAUCUAAUAAUGAGAAUAUUAGUGCUGGCAGUAAUAAUAGUCGUAGUAGUAGUAGUAGUAGUAGUAGUAGUAGUAGUAGUAGUAGUAGUAGUAGUAGAAGUUGUAAUGGUAGUAGUAAUAAUAGUGAUUUCAAUGAUAUCGAAGAUAGAAAUUUGUCAAAAUUAUUAUAUUCUAACUUUCAUGAACAAUGCUUUAAUUCUUUUCGAAGUGGUGAAACUCAGGGUUCAGUAAUCAUAGAAGCAUUAAACUGUACUCUAUGGUAUCAAUGUUUGUAUCCACAGAGUGAAUUUCGUACAUUUUUAAAGUACCCUUUAUCAUAUAAAAUGUUAGUUUGUUUAUCACAGAGUCAUUCAACAGUAGAUAGUUAUCGUAGUUGUCGUGAUCGUCGUGGUAGCAAUCAUCGUAAACAUUCACGUCAGUAUCGUCGAUAUCAACCUCCUUCUGUUCUUCAGUCACAUUCUUAUCUAUAUGAUUACAAUUAUCAAUUAACUGGUGCAGAUAUGUUACAAGAUUUGUUAUUUUCCGAUUCGUUAAUUAUUCGCAUAUCUACAAGAUAUUGUAUGCAUACUUUAUUAACAUUUACUGCUACUGAGAAUAGAGAUAAUGUCUAUUAUGCAUUGGAACAAAUGUUCAAUUGGUUACCUAAUUAUGUUCCAUCGAAAAUAACACAAUCUGAUGAAUAUUUUAAUUUACUUGUCCAAAUCAUUCCGUUUAUGCAUAAUCAUGAACAAUUUUUACAAAGUGUACAUCAAUGGCUUAGAGACGAAAUUGUUUGGCUUCGAUUAAUGAUAACUGAUCGUCAAUUAGGAUCGUGUGAAACACCUAUUUCUUAUCCCUCUGUUGAUAUCACUCCACCGACUUUCCACUGUGCUACAACUCCAGAAUCCACUGAUCAAACAUCACUAAACAAAGAAUGGAUAAGCUUCACUGCAUGCCUUAGACCAGAUACCAUUUUUCAGCAUUUUCAUAAUAUGUCUAUUGAGGAUAAAGAUUCCUUAAUUUGUGGACACUUAAGAAUUUGCAAAUCGUUAUAUCAAUGUUGUCUAGAUUCUACUAAAUCAUCGUUACAAUUGUUAACGAGUGAAGACGAUACUGAUCAACUGUUUGACCAAAUGAAACAAACUUCAGGACAGAUAUAUGACUUCCCAACGAAGAUUGUAAACAAUGUUGAUACAAACAAUGAUGAUAACGUCAACUGCAUAAGUACUACAUCGAAAGCUGUAAAUACUACUGAUCAACAAUGUAAUAACAAUUCAUCACAUUAUUUAAUAAAUCAAUUAUAUUUAGUUAAAGACUUAAUUGAAUUUUUAUUAUUUCCCGCUUCAAAACAAUAUAACGAAAUACGCAGAUCUACAAUAUAUUCACAAAUCAAUAUCCAACAUCAAAUAAUGAAAUAUGACUACAACGAUAUUCAUGAUAACAUUAUUCAUCAUAAUUCUUAUUCUCCAUUAUCUACAUCAUAUUUCUCUGUCAUAUCUAAUUUAUCAUGUUCAAGAAAAUUAAUGAAUUCAACUUUUGAUUUUCUUCUAUCUAUAACUAAAUGUAACCUAUUAAAUAGUCAAUUAUUAACAACUAUGCUGUAUGAUUUGAUUUUUUCCACUAAUGCAAGACCUAUGAAUUUCAACUGGAAUUAUAAUUUUGGAUUAAAUUCUACUAAUUCAACAUCAUUAUUAUCAUCGUCAUCAAUAUUUUCUGAUCAUAUUGAUAAAAAUAAUUGGAUUAAUAAUGAUUAUAAUAAUUAUAAUCGUAAUGAUAACGAUAUGAGUAUUACACAUCGUUUUGUUGGUUUAAAAAAUGGUGGAGCUACAUGUUAUAUGAAUUCUAUUAUACAACAAUUGUUUACAUUGGAACCAAUUCGUGAUUGUAUACUUAGUGCAAAUCCAGAAUCUUUACUGUUAGAUUAUAAGUUGUUGAUAGAUAAAGAUGCUUCGAAAGUGAUGAAUACUUCAACAAGCUCUAGUGAUUAUAUCGCUGAUAAUAUUUGUCAACAAAGAUUAGAUGAAGAACUGAAAAAUAACGCCACAACAACUCACAAUGAUCAAACAUCACAAGAGUUAAAAUUUCAACCCUUAAGUAAAGAAAAAAUUCAUCAUUUAAAUGUGUUAUAUCAUAUGCAAACUAUUUUUGGACAUUUAGCUUAUAGCCGUGUUAAAUAUUAUGCGCCAGUAGAAUUUUGGCGUCAUUUUAAAUUUCGUGCAGAGGCUGUACAUGUUAGAGAACAACAUGAUGCAUUGGAAUUCUUUCAAAUACUUGGUAAUGAUUUGGACGAAGCUUUAGAAUUAUGUAAAUUGCCUAAAAUUGUUGAAGUUGUGUUAGGUGGUAAAUUUGCUGAUCAAAAGAUCUGUUUGGAUUGUCCACAUCGAUAUACAAGUUAUGAAUCAUUUACUACACUCAAUGUUGAUAUUUUAGAUCAUAGGAAUCUAAUUGAUUCAUUGGAACAAUAUGUAAAAGGUGAAUUAUUAGAAGGAGAUAAUGCAUAUCAUUGUAGAAUAUGCAAUAAAAAAAUACCAAUAUUAAAACGUAUGUGUAUUCAAAAAUUACCAUUAGUAUUAACUAUUCAAUUGAAACGUUUCGAUUAUGAUUGGGAACAGGGUGUAUCACUUAAAUUUAAUAAUUAUUGUGAAUUUCCACGUCAUUUGGAUAUGCUACCAUAUACUGUGCAAGGUUUAAAGGACUCUACAGAUUCAUCGUCCUGUAUAACUACUGAUGUCAUCAAUAACACCAAUGAUAAUAAUAAUACUGAUGAUAAUAGUCCAUGUACAAAAUAUAAUUUACGCGGUGUAGUUGUUCAUAGUGGUCAAGCAUCAUCUGGACAUUAUUAUUCAUUUAUUCGACAUUAUCGACCUCGAACAAAAACAUACAAAUGGUAUAAAUAUGAUGAUCAUAAUGUUAUCCCUGUUCGGUUAGAUAAAGAUGAAGAGGCUGUCGAACAGUGGUUUGGUGGUGAAUGGAAAGUUCCACCUCAUGAUCUGUCAAAAUUCACUCAUUUAAGAUCUGGUAAACGUUGGUGGAGUGCAUAUUUAUUAUUCUAUGAACGUGAAGAUUUCCAUGAACAAAUUAAAAACAUAUCAAUACCUAAAUUAGGUUCAAAUCCAAAACAAUCAAGAUUAACUAAACGUGUACAAGACAUUGUAAAUUGGCAGAAUAUCGAACAUUUACAUCAUCGUAUUCAAUUUGACCCAUUGCUUCCAGAAUUUAUCUAUAAUUUAAUUGAUAAUAAUUUACAAUUGUGUAUGACUAAUUCCAGUGCUUAUCAGAAUUUAGGAUUUAUUACUGUAGAAUUGUUACUUCAUUUUAUUUUUCUACGUUAUCAUGUGGUCAUAUCAAAUUGGAAAUCUUGGCUACUUUUAUUCAUCAAAUUGAUUUCGAUUAGUGCGCCAAUAAGAUGUGAAUUAAUUAAAACAAUGUUUUUAGCAUCACCGGAUCAAAUUAGAUUUUUACAAUUCCAUUGUCCUUAUCCUGAAAUGCGGUUUCUCAGUGCCGCUUUAAUCAUUUAUGUCUGUCAUUUGUGUAUGAAUGAUCCAUCUGUACAGUGUGAAGAUAUUCUACAUUCGUUUAUUUCACUGGUUAACAGUUCUACCAUUAUUACUAAUACUACUGAAAGCAGUGACAAUAAUAAUAGUAAUUGCUGUUCUAGUGUAUGUAAUACAAGGUCUACGUCAACCAACACUACUAAUGUGACCACUUCUCCAAGUAUUGAAGUUACUGCCAAUACCACAAAAAUAACUACUGCUGCUACUACUACCACCAGUGUCUUGUCUUAUUUAUUAAGGUCUACAUUGAAUGAAACAAAAUCACCAGUAUUUGUUGAAAAUUCAACCGUUGAUAACGCACAGAUUACUGCUCAAAUAUUUUCUGCCACGUGUUUUAUUAAUCGUUUUAUAAGUUUAUCACAGAAACGUUCUUUCCGUUCUUUACAAAAUGAUCCCAGUAAUACUGAUGGCAAUAAUAAUUUAUAUAGUCAGCUGAUUAAUCCAGGAGAGUGUUUAAUACAAUUGAUAGUUCAUCAGUUGCAUUUCUCUCCAAAUACACUAGCACUAUCAUCAAAUAAAUCUUUCCAGGAACAACAGCCAAACUAUCAUCAACCCUACUCUACUAUUCGAUCAGGAAAUCCUUCAUCAUCAUCAUUUACAUCGACACUUCAAUCUAUGAUGACAGUACCAUCAACAUCAUCAUCGACUACGUUAUAUCCAUCUGCUAUUAAUAAUAAUAAUCGUUCUACAUUAUUACCAUCAUCAUCGUUAUCAACUGUGUGUCCUUCAUCUGUAAUAUGGGCACAGUAUUUUGCUAUUUUGUUAGAUUAUGCAAAUUAUGGUAAACAAGAAUGUUGUUAUCUGUUAAAACUACAUGUCCCGGAAAUUUUAAUCAAUUAUAUGCUGUCCUAUGAAGUUAUGUUGAAAAGUGUUGGGACUUAUAUAUCCGGAACAACAACAUCAAUACCGUAUACUCUUUCAUCUUCCCUUCCCGGCUGGAACCAAGAAUCGCGUAAUUACAAUUGUAUACAAACAUCCAUCAAACGUUUAUACAACGAAUUAUCUAUGGAAAUUCAAUCAUUUAGCUGCGCAAAUUUGCGGCUUUCAUCGUGUUUAGAUGCUUUAGUCUAUGCACUUCUAAAUAAUUCAACAGUGUCAACUACAGCAUCGAAUUCAAAUUUUGAUUUUUACAGUCAAUAUAAAUAUGACUAUAAUGAUACAGUGAACAAUGAACAGAAUAAUUUGACCACAAUUAGUAACCAUGAUUUUAAUACUACUGUAUCUAGUCUUAUCACGUAUUGUGGUUUAAAAAUCUCACUGGAUUUAUUAUCUUAUCUAAUCAGAUCUUGUGAAAUUCCAUCUCACUACCUCAACUUCUCACCACGAUUGUCUUCGUCAUCACCAUCUUUUUCUACGACAACCUCAUCUGCUAAUUGUCAUUCUUUAGCAGAAACCGAAGAUCAAGUCGCUCGUAAAAUAAAUAAAACUGAGAAACAUUUUGAACCGCAUGGAACUUGUUCAAUCAUUUCAGAAUCAUUAUUAACUGAUACACAAGCUAACUCAUUAUCUACCAAUCAGCAUAAUCCUUAUUGUGUAACAUCUACUCCAUUGGUUACUCUUUCUAAUUCUUUAAUCCAAUUAUUUUUUUACAACCAACCAGAACGUUUUGUUAAACGUUUAACAGGUUCACUCCUUAAUCCAAUCACAUUGAAGCCGAUUUCAGAUAUUCUAUUGUUCCUCUCUUAUGAAAAUACGAAUUUUUCAGAUCUUAUUCUCAGGGAAUUAGUUUAUUCCAUUUUGCAUCCAUGUGAUUUAGACAGUAUAUUAAAAUUAUUAGAACGUCUAUUACAGGUAUCAGAUUCAUUAAAAUCUGUACGUAUACGUCUUUUGUUUAGCUAUUCCAAUGAUGUUGACUUAUUCAAACUAUUAAAUUCCAAUUUUAUUUAUGAAACCAAUGCUGCUGCAUAUCAAGUAUUCUAUUUAUUCCUUAAUUUACUAUUCACGGAUUCGGAUGUAAUCACUUAUUUAUCCAGCGAAAUCUAUUUGGUUAAAGUAUUAAGUGAGCUUACUGCAUCAGCUUUGGAUAGUUUAAAAUUAGACACAUCAGAUAACUGGCUUGAUGAUAAAGAAAAAACAAUAAAAGCAUUGGAACAAGCUGGACGAAUUCUAAUGAAUUUGAUCCCUUCAAUUGUGACGCUUCCAAACGAUAUGAUUGGUAUGAUUGAGAAUGAUAGUGUACAAAAUGAUGACGGUGAUCUUGAUGAUGAUAAUGCUAACGACAAUGAGAACCAGAUCACCAUUUCCAACAAAACUAACAACAAAAAGCAAUAUGAUAAUCGAUUUUCAAGUUGGGGAAAAAGUGAAGAGAAUGAUGAUGCUGAUGUUGAGGAGGAAGAGGACGACAAUGAUGACUAUGGUGCUGCUGAUGAUGAUAAUGAUGAUGAAAGGGAAGAAACAGAUGAGAGAAAUGACCGUUUAAUUACAUCACUUUGUCGUAUCACCUCUUCAUCUCUGUCAACAUCUUAUGACCCUGAGCUAGAUCAUUUACCUUCAAAUCAUGAAUAUAUAAUUAGUCGUAAUACAGCAAGGACUAGUACUCGUACAAUAGUCGAUACCAGUCUAGAUACUUUUAAUCAUACAUGUAUCACUGCCGGUCCACCGGCCACUACUACUUAUACUACUAUUACUACUGCGAGUAGUAAUAAUAAUAACAGUAAUCUUAAUAACAGUAGACAAAUAUACGGACAGUUAUUGUCAUGUGGUACAUUGUCUGGGGAAAUAGCAACUCACAAACAACAAGAAGAUAGUAGCUUUAACAAUUCUAAUAAUAACAAUCAUAAAUUAAAUGAUAACAAAGGUAAUAAUAAAUAAUGUGAAUAAAAAAUCAAAUAAGUUAA